UAGCCCACAGACCUGAGUUCUGCAUCUCUAAUGCUAUGACAAAACAUAUGUAAAAACAUCAAGAUAGAAUCAAUGUAACUUUUAUUAAAUAAAGUAACUGCAAUUUCCUUUUUGUUUUGUGGUUUUGCUCACUUUUCAAGACAGAAGUAAAGGAGAAAGGGAAGAAAUAUCAAACAUGUAAUAUUUUAUGCUUCCUCCAUGUCUCGAUCAAUUCUGGUCUCCAAUAGUUUAAAACCAAAUAAUGAAUCUUUCAGACAGCUUAAAUGCUUAACAAAAUCAUUUUCAACUAGUAAAUACAACAAAAAUAGAAUUGUUAAAUUUUCCCUUACUACUCUUCCUACGCACGAUAGAAGAAACGGAUUAGUUGUCACAUAAAAACAGAUUUGGGACUCAUUAGAGACGUCAUUACAAUAAUGAAUGGAUAAAUGGAUAAGAAAUUCUAAGAAUAGGGCAAAUUAGGGCAAACAACUUAAGUGGAGGUUGCCUUUGAAAAAGGAAGAUACAAAGUCCUGGUUGUCUUUAGUUUAAAUAAUAUCUUUAUCUUAAAUAUUUCUUUGGGGUGGUCACAACAGCAAAAAAUGCUAACUUUUACUCUUAGUAAUGACACAUUUAAAAUAAAUUUUUUUGUUUUAUAUCACACAAAAUAAAAUUCACUCAUGUGCUUAUUUACCAAUAGAGUUGGGAUAAAAGUAGUCACAAAACCCAAUAAAUACAGUAUACACUCUUCUAAUGCUUGUUACAUAGACAGUAAGACGUUUACCUGGGUUUUUUGUUUAAAGUCAAUCUAGUGCACAUAUUCCUGCAAAUGUGUCUUAAAUGAACUAUGACCUUAUUCCAGGAAAGCUAAAGAGAAAAUCAUGUUUACAUGACGUCACGUUUCAAUUUGAAAUCAGGCAUAAAUAUCAAUAUUAUUAAAUUAUAGUUUGUUUCUUAAGACCUUAGAAAACAAAGGUCCUCAGUGUUUCAAUUUUUAGGUCUUGCUUGUUAAGAAAUCAGAAAUACAAAAAAAAUAAGGCAGAAAGAGCAUGAAUAAAAUCGAAAUAAUUUAGAAGUAGCCAGUUUCUGUUAACCCCAUGUUGUGAUUAAAUAAUCGGCUUCUAUUAAGGCUUUUAUGAAAAUAAAUUUGAUAAAUAUACCAUAUUUGGGAGCAAUGUCUUGGUUUUCAGCAAGUUUUGGUCUCAGAAUCGGCCUUAGGGAAAGAACUGUUGCUAACGCAGGAAAGAAAAACAAGGUAAUUCUUUCUAAAUUAACAAACUAAUAGAUUCAUUUUAACACCUGUCAGGAGGAAAUAUCCCAGCAAAGGUGCUUGAGAUCAGAAUGUUAAAAUAAUAAAGUGCAACUUUGUUAAAUUUACAUCACAUGUCAACAGAUUUAUCACCAAAUAUUAAACUUUUUUGAAAGGGUGUCAGUCAAAAGUUUCUUCUUAUAAAACAUUUAUUGGGAGUACAGGCUAGAGUUGCAUAUGAACAGAAUGACUACACAUCUGGAGCAAAAAGCUGUCAAGCAUGUCAAAAGGGGUGGAAUUACAUGAGCUUUCUUUUUGUCUUUAAAUUGAUCCUAAAUUGUCUCGUUGUUCAGAAGAAUUACCAGAUGUGGUGUAAAAAAAGCAGAGAAGGAUCUAACAAUUUUAAACCGAAACAACCAGUUUGCAGAAGAUAAUCAUGUGCUUCAUAGUUGGGGAAGUAUUCACCUACAAACCUGCACUGAAAGCUUGCAAAAUGUGAGCUCCCCUCAACCAUCACAGCAAAUGGAUCACGUUGGGAUCGUGACAAAGUUGCACAUGUGUGCCAGUGAGCGCAGUGGGGUGUUUGAAUGGCCAGUGACGCUCAGACAAAUAGCCUUAUCUUCUCUGCUGCUCCGUGGACUCAGUAAUUGUUAACACCCUGCUAAGAGUCUGAGGAACUGCUGGGAGAGCUGAGCUUUGUGAGCUUAAAGAGAUCUUGAUGUAAAACCACACAAGUGAUACGGUUUAAGGAUUAGGGCGACAGGAUGUCUUGUGAGCAGGGAUUUUCCCCCCUCCAGCUCCCAGUAAAGCGUCGGCCUGCUUGUGAGCACAUGACCCUUCAGUGGGCUUUUGACCUUUCAAGCUGUUAAGCUUCAGGAAAAAAAAUAUUAGUAACUUCCUAUUUGUGACUUUUUUUCCACAAGUUUAAAUACAAGAACAUGAUAAAAUGUAAUUUUUCUGUUUUUGCCAAAACAGAAACACAAAUUUUCCCAUUUUUAUUACAUCUCUUUCAACUUUUCAUUCUAAUUUGAGCAAAAAAAAUGUUGAAUUUAUAGUGAAUGUGCAGAACUCUUACAAAAAUAAUGAAACCUAUUUCUUUCCAGGAACCCUGCAGUCUUUUAACAAGAUUAUCAGACUUUCUCAGCCCCCUAAUUUCAAUGCUCUAAGGAGAUUCAGAUGACGUAAAAGAACUAUUUCAUUUGGCGUAAUGGUUUUUGUGGCUGGGUUGCUAAUGUGCAUUUUUUGUCUAGUUCAUAGAAAACAAAUUUACCAGACCAAAAAAAAAAGAUGUCUCAUUCAAUAAGUAGAUUUCAAUGCUGCAGAAAUUGACCUGUUAUGUGUGGUUGUCUACACAUCCCCCAAUGUAAUCUCUCCAUAAUUCAGAAACUGACAAAAUAGAGAUAAUCCACCUAUCAACCAGCAUGUUAAUUCAGGGCAGACUGAGAGUGAUUGGAUUGUAAUAGAUUUGGAUUAGUUUCAGAAUAGUUUUUACUGGUUUAAAGGCGACCACCUUGACCUGUGGAGUUAAACCAACACGCAUGUUCCACACUUGUAUUCAUUUUCUGUCUUGUGGUACAAAAAACCUUUUCACAACACAGAACAAUCCCCAGCAGUUCCCCUGAGUGUUUGACUGAAAGAACAGACAAAAUCAUACAAUAAGCACAUCAAAAGCUUUACUGAUGAAAGCGGACUGCUGGUUACAAAACUGAGAGGUGCGAGGAAAUAUUCUAAAUUUGCCAAAUGUUUGGACAGUCUAGAACAGGGGUCUAUGACCUGUGAUGCUUGAAGAGCCAUUUGGUCUUGCUUCUUGCUGACUGUAACCCAGGAAGAGUCACAAGUCCCAUUUCACUCUUUAGAAAAAUACACUCUAUGUUUUUGUGGCUAGAAGGCUUUUUAUUCAUAAAUUGUAUCUUCAAAAUACUGACAUCAUUAAAUUAUAGUGGUAUCAUCCUAUUCCAUGUGUAACAGUUUAAACUUUUGACAGAUGAACAUUCAUGUUCCUUUCAAAAUAAAAUACUCCCUGUGUCAAAAAAGGCAGGAGAUUUACUUGAAUUAAAAAUUCAAGAAAGUCAAGUCAGACAUGGUAUUUUCUAUCAAAAUGAAUUUGGCGCACCUCUUCUCUUUUUACCUAUGAAUAUUAUGAAUAUUGCCAUGACAACAAAAGAGUAGAAUAAUACAUUUUUAAAUCUAUACAUUUACAUGCAAUUACAUACAUUAUGAACAUUGCAUCUGAACAGCAAUUAAACACUGCUGUGCAGCAGAAGAUAAGGAAAUGUGCUUUAAGAUUAUUCCAAAUUAUAAAUCACUCUGACUAUAGCUUAAAUUGUUACCAUAGUUUUGAUAUAUCUGACAUGUUAAAAAUCUAAACAAAAAUGAUCAAACUUAAAUAACUAUAAACAAAUUGACCAAAACUACAAACUCAUUCAAAUGAUUAGCAUCUCUCUUCAGAGCCAAAGAGUCAGACUGGAGGAAUAAAAGAGCCACGUGUAGCUUCAGAGCCUUUUAGGCUCCACACCUCUAACCUAUAGGUUAAGUAUCACACCAUCAUCUCACGGCACACAAACCACUAAAAUAACAUCAGAUAAACAAAACGAUGCACUGCCAGACACAGAAAACAACAUGGCAAACAUAUGUGACUGGGAAUUUUGUAAUAGUAUCAUAAUCAUUGUUAUCAUUUAAUAUAAAACAGGUUUAAAUCAGGAAGCGACGCUGACACAGUAAAAUGUGAAACCGCAACAUCAUCAAAAUGUUACACCUUAUUGGCAAGUCCAAAAAACCUGCUUUGUUGUAUUUGAUGUAUUUCUGACAUCUAAAAACCUGAACAGGUGUUCAUCUAGCUGACUGGUGAUGACGUAAAUGAGAAACUAGAGGAGAUGGGUUCUGCACAUUGAAAUGCAUGUUAGGGAAGCAGCAAUCAUGUGAAAGUUGACGCGCUGCACAACUCUCCAGGUUUUUUGGACCUAGACGUUCUUCGAUGACAGUGACAGAGCUCUGUGUGACAAAGGCUGAAGACUAAAGUGUUAGCAAAACGGAUGAACCAGCAGAACAGAUUAACCUGUACUCCAAGUGAGAUUAUCGAAGAUACAGGAAACUAGAUUAGGAAGCAUUAAGUUACUGAGCUCUUCCCUUGGAAAAUGAGAUUACCUUGUUUAUCACUAACAUAUAAUAUACAGUUUUCACAAAACUAUCUGUUUUAUUUGAUAAAGACUAUGGAUUUUUCUUCAAGUCUGUUGUUUGAUUCCACUAUAGAUUAGCUUUUACAAAAGUCUAGUGCAACACAUUUGCAAACAAAAAUUUUGAUAAAAUACUCUCAGGUGCUUGUUUUACAUCUCAAAUUUUCUUCUGAUUGUUGCAGCUCUUAGAAAAUUGAUUAGCUUUGCGUUUGUAUGUAUGAAAGUGGUCCUUUUAAGAACUUCACACGCCUGAGAAAUCGCAUAUUAAAUAAAAUAAAAAAAGUCCCCCCGAGGUUUUGCUUAGUCUUUUUUUUUAAACUGUGUUGUCAGAAUUCCUUUAAGCCACUUUUUAAAGCAGUUUGAUUGGACGCCACCAAAGCAGCAUCCCAGCAUUCAACACUGGACAGGUAACACUAAAUGACUCAGAUCAGUUAAUAAGAAAAACCCAAUUAAUUAGCCAAUUAUCAAAUCACUUUAUCAUAGGUUACAGGGAAGCUUUGGGACUCUUUAUAAAUGAUGAGAGCUGGAGAAAGAGGGACAACUUGAUCUUAGUAGAAUUUAUAUAUAUUUCCAAAAAAUCUUAUUAUUUGUUACAGUCAAGCAAAAAAGAAGAAAAAAACAAAAUAAAAUGAGGCUCAUCAGUGGUGGGGAGCUGCCAGAUGACUUCUGGAUACCAAUUCCUUUGGACACUAAUAACUUAUCAUCACUUAGCCCUUUCCUUGUUCCUCAGGACCACUUGGGAAGUUCAGGGACUUUUUACGCAAUGGCAGCCUUCAUGUUCUUUCUGUUCGUGUUUGGCACUUCAAUUAACAGCCUCACCAUUGCAUGCACCUUUCAAAACAAGAAGCUUCGAUCCCACCUGAACUACAUCCUGGUGAACCUAUCUGUGGCUAAUCUUCUUGUGUCUGGGGUGGGCUCCUCCACUGCCUUUUGCUCCUUCGCUUGCAGAUAUUUUGUUUUUGGAUCGCUGGCAUGUAAGAUUGAAGGUUUCGCUGCAACACUUGGAGGAAUGGUGGGCCUGUGGUCUCUUGCUGUGAUAGCCUUUGAAAGAUGGCUGGUCAUCUGCAAGCCACUUGGUAACUUUACUUUCAAGCCAGAACACGCGCUGGCUUGCUGCUUUGUUACCUGGGUGUGUGCUCUGGCAGCUGCAGCCCCUCCUCUGGCCGGAUGGAGCAGGUACAUCCCUGAAGGCCUGCAGUGCUCCUGUGGACCAGACUGGUACACAACAAACAACAAAUACAACAAUGAGUCCUAUGUGAUGUUUCUCUUCUGUUUCUGCUUCGCGGUUCCCUUCGCCACCAUCGUCUUUUGCUACUCUCAGCUGCUAGUCACCCUGAAAAUGGCAGCCAAGGCCCAAGCAGAGUCUGCGUCCACCCAGAAAGCAGAGCGAGAGGUGACCAGGAUGGUGGUUGUCAUGGUGCUGGGCUUUCUGGUAUGCUGGAUGCCGUAUGCCUCCUUUGCUCUUUGGGUUGUCAACAAUCGCGGCCACUCCUUUGACCUGAGGCUGGCGACCAUUCCAUCCUGCCUUUCAAAGGCCUCCACUGUGUACAAUCCAGUUAUUUAUGUCCUCCUAAACAAGCAGGUUGACUUUGCUGAACUAUUAGAACCUUUUGGAUCCAACAUUCUUUUAAAGACCCACUUUGAGGAAUAAUGUUCCGUUCCUGCAUGUUGACGAUGCUGGGAAUGGGUGGAGGAGAAGAGGAGGACUCAACAUCAGUGACUGAAGUCUCUAAAGUCGGACCAGCUUAGACCCUUAGUGAUAACUCCUCUGCGGUAAUUUACUGUAAAUACAUAUAAUUCUUAGCUCAUGUUUUGAUGUGUAAAAGAUUAAUGUGUUGUAAUAUAAACAAUGCAUCAAAAUAAACCUGUGCAAAACAGUUUUGAAUCUU